ACUUAAAAACUACUAUGUUUCUUUGUAAUACUACUUUUUUUUUUGGAACAUUUUAUGCAUAAUAGAGUCAUAGAGAGACUUGUCUAUUGAAAGAAAAGCAUGGUGCAUAACAAGAGCUCAGUAAAACGUGAUCAAUCAACCUUUUUUAUCCUUAAAAACAAAAAGCUAAAGCAGAACUGCAGAUAACGUAUUUUAGUCGUCCUUUUCCCCGUUAUACUGAGAGAAGCUGUGGCUCUCGCCGUAGGGUACAAUUACAAUAAGACUGUGGCUCUCACUGUCGCCAUCAUUUCCUAUUCUCCCAAACGUUCCCUUCCGCCCACGUCCCUCUCCCGUUGACGCCCUCCCCUUCAACACUGCCAUCCAAACUACGACAAUAGCAGAGGAAGGGUCAAGGGCUUCUGUACUACUAGUAGUAUACUUAUUCGAAAACGGCUACCCAAAUCCAAGUCCAACAGCCAGCUGCAGCCUCCACCUGUUCCUCCGCUGCUGUGGAGUGGGGUCGGUGAAUUUUGGGUCCGUUUCUGGUUGGAGUGAUUUGAUUUCUGUCUGGUGGGCGGCAAAAGGGGUAAGUCAUUGAUUUCGUCUUUCCAUUUUCAAAUUAAUUCGAAAGGGUAGUCGGUAAAUGAGAGGAAUUGAAAACUCCCCCUCCCGUGAUUAAUGUCGCGUGCUUAAAUGGAUUUUUGUGCGGGUCGGUUUCCCCUGAUAUUUGGAUUUGUUCCCCGGAAUUUGAAUUCUGGGGAAGGUGGGGGUGGCUGUUUCUUUGCUGUUUAAUGGCGUCUUUGGUUGUUGGCUUCUUCUGGGUGUAGGAAGAAGAAAACAAGAGGAAGAGGAGGUUUGUGUAUUGGCCAAGUUUGGAAGGACAAGGGAGGAGAGAGAGAGAGGAGUCAAAGGCGAGUGCUCUCUGAAGGUAAAGUAGGAUUCUGGUUAUCUUCUUUUUGCUCUCUCUCUCUGUUUCUUUUUGGUGGAUGAUCAUUGAUAACGUUUCUUUUCUCUGAAGUCUGAACUGAUUUCAGUUUGAUUCUCUCUGAGUGAUCCUUUUCCCUUGAUUUCCUUUGCAACCAAACGGGCGAGGUUUCAUUUGGGGUUUAUCAGCUCAAAUCUACUUGAUGCAUUGGACAUAAUUGGAAUCCUUUCUUCUUCCUUUAUCCGAAUUCUGAUUACAUGUACGGGAAAAUCGAUUUGGGUUUUCAUGUGUUGCUCUCGAUUCUCAAAGAUUAUUGCAGCAGCAAUAUGACGAAGUUGGUGAAUCGGGGGUAGUUUCCCCACUUUUUCUGAUGCUGCUUCUAAGGUUAAAGCUAGCUCUAGGGUUUUUCUUGAUCGGUAUUAGCUAGUGGAGUUGGUGUUAGUUUUAUUUAAAGAUUGAGCUUAGUGAGAAUGAAUCAGAAGCCAUGGCACAUGACCAUGUAAUUAACUGAUUAUUAAACUACUGAGCGAGCAGCUGAACUCUGACGUGCACAUGGUUUUUUCUUCUUUAAUCCAAUUUCCCUUAUGGCCAACUGAUGUGUUUCCCAUUUUCUUUUAUUCAUUGUUUACUGCCAUGUAUAAUAUAUCGGUUGAAGCCUUCAUGAUAUGCUUUACCUUUGAAGCAGUUCAUGUUAUGGAUUUUCGUUAGAAAUCUCAAAACUUAACUUUUGGCUAUUUUCAGAAACGGCUAUAAAGGCUCGAGUGGAAGCUGCACUGGUUUUAUCUUUGGGUAUAUAUAGAUGAAGAAACUAUUCUUUUUCCGGUCUUCCCCUAAUGAUGGAAGCAGCAGUACUGUUUCUCCAUCACCUAAGAAGGAGAAUCGACCUGGAAGUGAGCUGGUAGAUCACGUUGCUGAUAAGUCUGAGAGCAAUUUCAGGAGCCCGAAGAGUUUUUUUUCCAAGUCAAGGAAGCAAGUUUAUGAUAACCAAAGUCCCAGUUCCAAUCCCGGUCUUAGAAAGAGCCGCUCUUAUACAUCUGGAGCAUUUCUACUUGAUGAUGAUGGGCAGUCAAACUUCUCAGUUCCAGUCAAUCGAAGUAAAUCUCCUAGCAGUUAUUCUUCUCGUAGCAGUAGGCGUGCGCUUACUCCUGUGAGGCAAGUUAGACCCGAGCAACAUGAAGUUCAUGGACUGGAGAUGCCUACUUCUGGUUCUACCAGUAGCAGUAAUGCUUCAACAAAGGUCUUGGAUCGCUAUAUUGAUGGAGAGGGACAAAUAGAAAGAAGCAAGCCAAAAAAAGUUUCUUCUCAAAGAUACUUUGGUACUGGGAGUGGGAAUCCAGGUGGGAGGCUUCCACCUCGAGUCCAAUAUACAGCUCCUACUUCACCAACACAUCCUGUCAGAGAUAAACCAAAGUCUCACUCUUUUAGGGAGUCUAAACGAACCCAUCCCCACUUCCCUUGCAACGAUGACUGGAUGGAGAAUGAAUUUGGGCAUGGAUCACCGAGGAGACUUGCAAAGAAUGUUAUUGAGAGACUCGCCCAAGCUCACGGUUUCCCUAAAUCAAAUCCCAAGGAGGUUGAUUGUGGUGUUCCGAUCACAAUUGAGGAUAUUUAUGGUGGAUCACUAAGCAAACGCUUUGAAUUGAACCCAGAAGCUCAGGCUGCGAAAAGUUGCUCUUUCGAGGGGUCAUGUGAUGAUACUGUGAACAGGUAUCAUGAAGAUGAUUACUUGGGCUACCGGCAAGAUGUCUAUGGUGGAAAUGAUUUUAGGGAUAUAAAGUCUGUCAAAGGUGAUGCAGAUCCAGUUGAUUUGGAGCUGGAAAGAAGAUCAAAAGAAGCUGAGGAGAGGGUUGUUGUUCUGUCCGAAGAACUUGAGCAGGAAGGCUUUCUCCAGGAUCGUGCGUUUGAUAGUUCAUCAUUCGGCCACUUUGUUAGGAACCUAAUGGAGGACAGGGUAAGCAUGGCAAUUGAGAUCUCAGGGCUUCUCAAGUCUCGGAUUGUGGAGAGAGAUUCUGGCAAGGAAGCACUUAGGCUGGCGAAGGCAGAACUGGAGUCACGGAGUCUAAGACUUGAGAAGGAAAAGAAUGAACUGCAGUCAGCAUUGGAGAAAGAGUUAGACAGGAGGUCAAAUGACUGGUCAUCGAAACUUGAGAAGUGCCAGUUAGAGGAGCAGAGACUGCGUGAGAGGGUCAGAGAGCUUGCGGAGCAGAAUGUGUCUCUCCAGAGGGAAGUCUCUGCUUUUAGUCAAAGGGAGUCCGAUACCAAAAAUGCGUUGACUUAUUCAGAGCAACAACUUAGGCAGCUGACUUCAAGUGUGCAAGAGUUGACCCAGGAAAAUGAGCACUUACAGCAAACCUUAUCUGAAUUGCAGGAGAAAUACACAGCAUCUAGACAUGACUUAAGUUGUAUCAGGAGAAAUUUUGAAGCUAGGGAUAAGGAGUGCAAGGAGCUACAAAAGUCAACGACAAGGUUGUUGAGAACUUGCAGUGAACAGGAGAAGACAAUCAUUGGAUUGAGGGAUGAAUUUGGUGCUGAAAUGGAGAGGCAGCAAUCAGUGGACAAAUUUGAUAAACACCUCACGAAGAUGCGAAUGGAACAAAUGAGGUUGGCAGGAGUAGAACUGUCACUUAGAAGGGAAGUGGAAUCUCACAGAAAUGAGGUAGACUCUCUUCGACAUGAGAAUAUGAAUCUACUGAAUAGAUUGAAGGGCAGUGGGAAUGAGAUUUAUGCAGCGACUCUCAAACUUGAUCAAGAGAUGUGGACCCGUGUAUGUUGUCUGCAAAAUCAGGGAUUGUCUCUGCUGAAUGAGAGCACUGAAUUGUGUUCCAAGUUGUUGGAGCAAAUUAAAGGGAAUGCAGGGGAAUGUCUAGAAACAGCACAUCGGAUGGAGUUCAUCAGAAACGGUUUAGACGGGCAUUUCCUUGUCGAAUCGGAUGUCAAAGUUCAGGGCUUUAGACGUGGGAUCGAGAGCCUAACAAGAUGUUUGCAGUCUGUUUCAUAUUUAUUGCAGGAAAAGUCGAAUUCUGUUACUCCAUCGUGUCAGCAGCCAAAUCAUCCAACAUCAGAGGAGACAUUGAAGUUUGAACUAAAGACGGAGGCUUUGCUUACAAGCCUGCUAAGGGAGAAGCUUUAUGCUAAAGAGCUGGAAGUUGAGCAAUUGCAAGCUGAGAUAGCAGCGGCUGUGAGAGGCAAUGACAUCCUCCGAUAUGAAGUCCAAAAUGCUAUGGAUAACCUUUCAUGCGUCAGCCACCAGCUGAAAGACUUCGAGCUUCAGAUGUCAAAGAAGGAUGAAAACUUAAGUCAGCUUCAACAUGAUCUCCAAGAAUCGAUGAAGGAGCUAUCACUAACAAAGGGGAUACUGCCACAAGUAACGCAGGAGAGAGAUAUAAUGUGGGAAGAAGUGAAGCAGUACAACGAGAAGAACAUGCUAUUGAACUCGGAGGUCGGUUUGUUGAAGAAGAAGCUAGAGGCUCUCGAUGAAGACGUACUUGUGAAGGAAGGUCAAAUCACUAUACUGAAAGACAGCUUGAGGAAGAGAACCUUUGACCUUCUCGCAGGGCCUGAUUCCACUGCAGAAUUCUUGUUAGAAUAGUCGUUUGCGCUUUCAUUGUUAGGAUGUUGUACAGGGGGGAACUGUGGUAUACUUACGGUAUACUUGGGGUCACGUUAGUGAAUAUUUUGGGGUUGGUUUUUUUGGGGUCAGUAUGCCUCAUUUGCCCUGGGAAAAAAGAGCUUCUUGUUGAUAAUUUCUUCCAGUACAGGGUUUGUUUGCUUUAUCUUCUUUUACCAAGAAUAGUAUGUAGUGGUUUGGUUUUGUCUUCUCUAUUACAUAGUCGUAUACAGGAUUUUUCAUGUCUCUCGAAAAUUACCAUCUUGUUUCAGUAAAUCUCUUUUCCAUCUGAUAAAAGAAUUUACCGUUUCUACCAAGAAUACAUUAUCCUACAGGGCUGAAUGAACAGUUCAAGUGUAA